GCGCACGCAUCUGACAGUAUCCCCGAGUGUUCGGUAGAGUUCGGUAACGGUCGGGAGAGCGCUUGGCCGGUUUGUUCGGUCGAACGAACCGCGAGAGCACAGUGUACCGUCGACCAACAACCCUUUCGCGUGCAAGGAUGUCUCAUCACGGCUAAUCAAAACUCCCCUUUCUCACUCUCACUCUUCCUCUCUUUCUCUCUCUCUCUCUCUCUUUCUCUCUUUGCCUCCGUUUCUUUUUCCUUCCCCGCUGUACAACACCUUCGACCGUGUAUCGGGACAGUGUGGCAGGAAACAUCGAGAGCAUAACGUUGGAACUUUCUCACCUGGCCGAUUCGUAUCGACGUUUCGCGGCCAACACAGUGCGUGACUCUCGACCGAGCAGCUAAACCGUGCGACUCUGAUCUGGUCUCGUCCCACCCCACGGCCACCGCUCUCUCGCGCGCACUCGUGCACUCUCUCUCCCUUUGUCCCUCUCCCUCGUUUUCUCCGGCGCGGAGAAACAUGGACGAGACAAACGGGAAAAUGCGGAACAAGCAAGAGGACGUGGAUACCGCAUCCCUCGGCGCUGACAUCCUGAACCCGUUCGUACACCGUCUCGAGCUCGACACAACCUACGACAAGCUCAAGACGGCAUUCCUGACGGUGGCUCUUCUACCAUUCAGACUGGCCGCAAUUACGGCACUGGUGAUCAUGGCCUGGCUGCUGGCUUGUCUAGGUCUCCUUGGAUUAUCCGAGGAGGAUCUCCGGCGAGCUCCUCUGAAAGGAUGGAGACGAGACAUGCGAGUCGUAAUCUGCUGGAUGAUGCGAGCGUUGUUCAUCUGCGGGGGAUUCCAUCACCUGAAGGUCAAGGGUCGCAAAGCGGAAACAAAGGAUGCCCCCGUGUUAGCGGUGGCACCACAUUCAAGCUUCUUCGACGCGUUUCCGGUCGUGUACCUCGGCGGACCGAGCAUCGUCGCCAAGGCGGAGACCGGGCGCAUUCCUUUUUUCGGAAAACUUAUCAACUAUACGCAGCCGGUCUACGUAUGGAGGGAAGAUCCGAAUUCACGGCAAAAUACGAUCAAGGAGAUCAUCGAGAGAGCUACUUCGAAAGAGGAUUGGCCGCAGGUUAUGAUUUUCCCGGAAGGAACCUGUACAAAUCGAUCGUGCCUAAUUACGUUUAAGUCGGGUGCAUUUUAUCCCGGUGUCCCGGUGCAACCAGUGUGCAUCAGGUAUCCUAAUAAGCUGGACACGGUCACGUGGACGUGGGAGGGUCCUGGAGCACUGAAAUUACUCUGGCUGACGCUGACCCAGCUGAACAGCAGCUGCGAAAUCGAGUUUCUCCCCGUUUACAAGCCAAGCGAGGCCGAGAAAACGGAUCCUAAACUUUACGCAAACAAUGUGCGACGUCUCAUGGCGGAGGCUCUGCAGAUUCCUGUAUCGGACUACACGUACGAUGACUGUAGAAUAAUUAGCAAAGCCCAUCAACUACAUAUGCCACACGCAUCCAUCUUGGUCGAGGCUCACAAGCUUCGCAAUAAACUUGGGUUGGUGACAGCCAAAACAGAGGAAGAGAUAGUGCAGAAGAAAACGCAGCGACUUAGCGAAGAAGUGGAUCUCCACGAAUUCGCUCAACUUUUAAGAAUCGACGAGAAAGAGCCUACUCUACAGCAGCUCUUCCGAAUACACGACAAAAAUGGAACGGGUAAAAUAGACUUCGAGGAGUACAUAUUCACGGUGUUAGCCACGACGAACGCGAACUCUGAAUUAGACAAGGUUGAAACAGCGUUUGAAGUGUGCGGCACGAAAUCGUUAUCGUACAUCGGUCAAAUGGAGUUAAGGAAAGCCUUGAAAAUGUCGUUGAAUGUGCCAGCAGAGGAGUCGGAUAAAAUUUUCCAACACGCGAAAAUCGAUUUUCCGGACACAACUGUGAAUUUCGAAUUCGUGUUAGCCGCGCUGUCGGAACGCGCGGAGUACGCCCACAUAUUCGCGGUAACCACCGAAACAAGAAAAAAAUGUAUUUGAGAAUAUUUCAUCAACUCGUUCCACACUCAUCGAAGAAACAGAACGCGUGGUGUGUGUAGCAGGCCGCUUCUCAACCAGAUCUGCGCCAGUCCUGUCUAACUUGGUUCUAUUUUCCCCGAUGCUGCUACCCUCUCGACGACUAAAUAGCCAUUUUCUGUUAGUAUUACAUCGUUGACGAAACAAAAGAUUGUCUUCGUGAGGAUUAAGCGAAACACGGAACGAGAAGAUCGCAUAGAACGCAUUAGGAACUCUGUUCACCCAUCAGUGGACUAACUAUCCUAAUUCAAAAUUGAAAAUAUCGCUUUGAAAUACAACGAUGCAUCUUUUUGUAAUAUUAUAAAUACUUAAACAUGUUUAAAGAGAGUGAGAUCGGCGCAAAGCAGCGUUAAUCGCGUCUGGUCAUUUUUAAUUAUUGUUUAAACGCGUUUAAAUGUUCAUAAUUAUAUCGAAAGUACAUUGUUGUCUAUAGAAUCGUUCUACACAAGAAAUAUUCGUAUCACUGUCAUGGUUACAGCAGAAUGAAUUCUCGAAAUUGAAAACUUGAUUUCUUCGAAAUGAAUAUAAAAUGAUUGUUCUUAUCGAAAGGCUAAAAGGAAAUACUCAAAUUUUGUUUGACCAUAUUAUUUAACAUUACUCUCACCAUGUUCCAGCAAAGUGAACAUAAAAUAUUUUGUUUACAUUAUCGCGACAGAUAAUGUAAUUGAUUUCAAGAGUCCACUCAAGGGUGAAACAAACAACAUUGCUGCGUAGCGCAGCUGUAAUUUCUUUACUUGUCAGAAGAGCUUCUUUUGUACAAACGAAGUCGAAUUCCAAAGGAGACCGUGCGGUUCGGGCCGAACUUCUUACUCGAGAAAGUAAGAAAUGUAUAAAUACUUUUCUGUUUUUGUUCUACCCGUAAAUAAGCGGUUUAAUUUAUUGACAAGUUUUGUAUUAUGCCAUUGUGUUUCACGAGGUUUACGGACAGGACAAGUAUGUACAAGUAUGGACACAGAAUCCAUAAAAAAGAUAAAUAACGGUUGCUUUGUAACGCUUACCAUACACAGAGAGACACACGUGUACACGCGUACACUUACAGAGUAGAAUAAGACGUAGCAUAACUUUCUCUUGCGUUUCGUACUUUUACAUACUUUCCAUCUAGUGCACACACGUGGUCUAGAAUAGACUUUAUUUCUCGCUAACACUCGCCUAAUAUUUAUUGUAAACCAUUUGCCCUCCCUUCAGAAUUUCACCCGUAUUCGAAGUCAUGUAAAUAGUAUUACACCGACGAAGGUUUCUUAGGCAUAAGCAUGCAAACCCCUCCGUGUUGGACUUAACAUUCACGGCGGACGUGCUGUCUGUACGAAAGGAUUAGGUUUAGAGUUAUUCUAGAUUGCUCAGGGUUCAGAAGAAUUUCAAGGCUAUUGAGAAUUUCGUGCGUUAUUAGUAGUAUCGAUUAAGCCACGAUCACAAACUUCUCCAAGUUCACAAUUUGGCCUGAUUAGAGCUCUUACAUUGUCGAUCAGAGAACUGGAUUCGAAAUGCCCUAAAGUGUAUAAAUUAUGAAUUUUACAUUCAAAUUGACCCUCAUCUUAUUAUAUAAUUUCACUAUGCAAAAAAGACAAUAUAUCGUUUCGACUUAGAACCGAAUAGUUAUGAUGUUUAUAAAAUUUUGCUGUAAGCGAAUUUGUAUGUUUCAAUAAAGGAUUAAGGCUAAGGGAAUGCGAAAA